CUGAACACAACUUCUGAAAUCACCUGUGGAAAGGUAAGACAGGUUUAUUAAUGGUGGUUUGUGCUUUUGAAAUAAAACAAAGAUAGAGAAAACAAAAUUAUGUUAGACUUUAGAUUUUAAAUGUCAAGCGAUAUUUAAUUAAGUUCCAUGUAAAUUUCUGAUUAGGGGAAGUAAUUAAUGUGUUUAUCAUAUAAUGAAGGAUAUACAGUACCCGGUCUAUUCGGUUGUCGAUAUUACCUUUAGAAACAAUUUCAAUUAAAUGCAUUCAUGUUAAGGAUGAUCCUGCCAUGUCUUUGAACUUCAAAAAUAUACAAUAUUUAUUUAAUCUUAAAAGAAUGUAUUAUAGAAAUACAUUUUGUGACGUAUUUUGUUUUGAUGUGAAAAUUUCUUUUGAUGUAGGAGAAGCAUGAAAUAAAAAAAAAAAUACACCUCAUAAAUGGUACAGAGCGAAUUGUCACGUCCACUGUCUAUAAACCCUGUGUGACCUUUGACACGUAUUGUCCAAUGUUCCGGGGGAGACUUCUCUAUACACCUUUCAUCUACACAUUAAGUACGACCCAGAUACAAUUCUACAAAUAAACUCACAACUGCACAGUACAGGUUUUCUAGAUCUGCAAGGAUAACACAUCUGGAAUUUUGACACACCGUAGAUAAACAGGGGAAAGUGAAAACAGGUAAAUGUAGAUAACUGUAAAAGUGUAUACCAUUCUGGCGUUCACUGCAGUAAAUCUAGAAUUUAGUGAUCAGCCUAUUGUUGCCUUAGUCUUGUAGCGAGUUACUGUGUGAGAUUCUGAAUGUUUUGUGGAACAUGUAAUUUAUUGCCUUAGUCUUGUAGCGAGUUACUGUGUGGGAUUUUGAAUGUUUUGUGGAACAUACAUUAUUGCCUUAGUCUUGUAGCGAGUUACUGUGUGAGAUUUUGAAUGUUUUGUGGAAUAUGUACAUUAUUGCAUAAUGUACAAGACAAAUAUAUCUAUAGAAUGCAAAUCCAACUUCGUAUCUUUUUCGUUUUGUGUAGGAAAGUUGUUUAGAGUAUGGAUGAUUUCAUUUUUCGGUAAAUGUAGUUGUUACGGUUUGUGUUUUAUCUAACAUAUUUGACCUAGUCUUGGUUAAGUGGUUAAGUUUUACGUCCCGUCGAGAAUUUUUCACUCAUAUUGAGACUUUACCAGUUUUAGGUGAAAUACCACACAUUUAGACCUGCUUAGCGCUUACGGACGUGAACAGUGAGGUUUUUUUUUAAUGUGCCAACACCUGUCGUGACACGGGACCUCCAUUUUUAAGGUCAUAUCCGAAGACCCAUGUUUGUCACUUCUAAAUGCCAAGCGUUUGGCGAAGGAGCAACCACUACCGAUGCUUACGUCUUAGGUUUGAUGCGGCCAUGGCACGAGUGGGGCUCGAACUCACGACCUUCCGCUUACGUACCGAACUCUGUACCACUGAGCUACCGCGAAUGGUGACCUAGUCUUGAAAAUAUAAGUAAAUAAUGAAAUACAUCACGCUAUCAAUUUAUACCCCCCUCCCCCCGAACGAAGUUCAGGGUAUAUAGGAAUCACUCUGUCUGACCGUCCGUCCGUCCGUCUGUGCAGAUUCGUGUCCAGGCCAUACUGUAACUUCUUUGUUCUUUGACUUAGGCAUACCAUAUUUGGCACACAAGUGGAUCACCAUGAGACGAUGUGUCGAGUACCUUCAUGACCUCUAUAUGACCUUGACCCUUGACCUCAAUGUCAAAAUUAAAGGUGUUUUUUUUUUACAAUGAAUUCCUAUCCGGGCCAUAACUUCUUUGUUCUUUGACAUAGGCAUACCAUAUUUGACACAAGAGUGUAUCACCAUGAGACGAUGUGUCAUGUACCUUCAUGAACUCCAUAUGACCUUGACCUCAAGGUCAAAAUUAAAGGUUUUUACAAUGGAUUCGUGUCAGGGCCAUGACUUCUUUGUUCUUUGACAUAGGCAUACCAUAUUUGACACAUGAGUGUAUCACCAUGGGACGAUGUGUCGGGUACCUUCAUGACCUCUAUAUGACCUUGAACUUUGACCUCAAUGUCAAAUUUGAUUAUAGGGUUUUGACAUAGUCAUACCAUAAGACUUGGGUGUAUUACCAUGAUACUAUGUGUCAUGUACAUUCAUGACCUCUUUAUGACUUUGACCUUUGAUCUCAAGGUCAAAAUUAUAGCUUUAUACCAUGGAUUUGUAUUCGGACUAUAUCUUCCAUUUUCUUCUACAAAGGCAUACCAUAUUUUUACACUCAGGAAAGAGGUAAUUUAUACCUAGUAACAACACCCUUUGGGAGAUCGGGAUAAGCGGGGGGUAUUCUUAGUGAGCAUUGCUCACAGUACAUCUUGUUUUAAAGUUGUCGUACAAAUAAAGACGGACGGGUAUAGAAAGUAUUAACAAAAGUGCUGCAUACAUCCAAUAGCGAUUUGCUCUAAAAAUACCUGCAGGUCUGCAGAAAAUGUCAAUCUUUUCUAACGUCUCUCAUGUGAGUUGGAAGCUAAAGGGAGUCAUUAGUGUGGUGGUCUCAUCGUUGUUGCUACACAUUUCCAAUAUCUAACCUAAACUCAAGUAUAAUGGUCUUUGAUGAUUGUUUCCAUCACUUAAUUAGAAGUUACUGAUGAGGAAGAAAUAUAAAGAUGAGAGAGAAAAUUUCAAUAUUGUUGUGAAAGCCUCUGUAGGCUUGCUUACGGUGUAGGUAAUUAAAAGACUUACGGGAUGACCUUAUGGGGAAUCUCAUUGUAAUUACAACAGGUCCACAUUGUCGUCAUUGUUUGAUUUUCAAAUUUUAUUCAAAAGUUGUUUGUUGCUUUGUUGAUUGAUUGAUUUUGGUGAUUGGUUCGUUUGUUUAUUAGUUUCUUUGUUGCUGAGUUUCUUUUGUUUAUAAUGAUUUGUUUGUUGAUUGGUUUGUUGAUUUGUUUAUUUGUUUAUGGAUUUGUUUGUUGAUUGGUUUGUUCGUUGAUUGGUUUGUUUGUUGAUUGAUUUGUUUGUUGAUUGAUUGAUUUGUUGAUGGAGUGGUUUGUUGAUUGAUUUGUUUGUUUGUUUGUUGAUUGAUUUGUUGAUGGAGUGGUUUGUUUCUCGUUUUGCGUCCUAUUGGUAUUUUUGUCGAUCAUGUAAAGUCGUUACCAGCUUCAGGUAAAAUGACACAAAAAUGACCAAUGCAUGGGGCUGAUGGCUGAAGCAGUGGAGGUCCUAGAUCUUUAUCACGAUAACACCUACAGCGACAUGGGACUUCUGUUUUAAGGACCUGUUACCUUCCCCUCCAAUAUCGAUCGCGAGAAUGCUUAGAGAAGGAAUAGUCACGACAGAUGUUAAUUGUCGUAGGGUUAAACAGAUGUUAAUUGUCGUAGGGUUAAACAGAUGUUAAUUGUCGUAGGGUUAACGCUACGUCCGGGGUCGAGACUCGAACCAGAGUCUCCCGAUUCCAAGCAUCCUUAUCCCUAGACCACCUGCCACUGGUUCUUAUAAGCUGAGAUGAUAAAUUGUUAUUUACUGUAACGCAAAAGAAACGUCGCACCUGAGACGGGGCAUGCUAAGAUAGCUCAAGUAGAUAAAGACAUAUUUUGUCAUUAGGAUUGUGUAUGUGUAUGUUUUAUGAAUUAUUGGACUUAAUUUUCAUAUAUAUUUUUUUGGAUUUUUUUUUUUCAAGUUAUCGAAUUUCAUGAUCAACUUUUUCGAUGUGUCGUUUCGUGCGAACUUUCUUUUGGAGUUUAGUGUAUGGUAUUUUGUAUUUCUUCCAGAUUGAUUCUAGUUUAGAAUAAAUCGCCAAAUUAAAGGAAGUAAAUUAGGUGAUACUGCAUUGUAUGCACAAGUAGUAGUGUGGAAGUGCUCGAGCAGUAGUUGUAAUCAAUGAUUUUAAAGUCCGAUUUAAUUCAUUUUCUAAACUUAGAACUUUGAAACUUUUUUCUCCUCAUUUCAUUGUUCCAUUGAUGUGUAAAUUGAUAUUGAAAGAGAUACCUCAGGGACGAAAUGAUUGUUAAUUAAAAAAUAAUUACAUUUGAAUUCUCAAUAUUUGAGUUAGAUCUUCACCUUCAGUAUUGUCUCCGGGCUAAGCACUCCACAGUUAGGAAAAGUUUUAUAAUCAAUGAUAUAUCAUGACUAAUUCUAGGACGAGUCGUUUCCUAUGUACAAAUGACGCUUGUCACCUAUUCAGUUACCUGCUACUAAAAGGUAAACUCGACCACCUUUGCCCAUCGCAGCCAGGUUACCUCGCGUCUACUAUAUCAGAGACACCUCCUAUGAACUGUGAAAAUGAUAAGUAGUGCAUGGUACCGCCAUUUGGACAUUGUCAUUCAUCUCGAGAUCGGUAUAUGUAUAAGGAUUGUCUAAUAAGUCGAGAUGGCAUUUCUGGACUAAAGUCAGGGCAGGUAAAUAUAAGUGAUAUACAUUGUAUGCUUGUCCUAGGGAUUCCAACUAGAUCCUUAUUUCAACAUUCGCCUUGCGAUUAAUCGUUUUUCUAAAUUUUCAGUCCUGAUAAUUUAGUAUUGUUUGGUCGUGUAGAUCAAUUCAUCAAAUCGGUGUUUAUGUGCUUAUACAUAGUCCGGUGAUUGAUUCUGACCAUGGCACCUGACAGAUUUACUUGGUUCUUGUAACUUUGAUGUCAUUCAUAUCUUUGUUAUGGGUGCACUUAUUACCAAUAACUUUUCUGCCAGAGGAAUGUGUUCAAUAUAUGUAAUACUCAAUAUUAAAUAUCGCAUUUUAAUGCCAUGUUAUCCCGCACUCACGUUUUCGGUUUGGAUUUGUUUGUGGUUUUUAUUAUGUAAAGUUCUGGAGGGGUGGUCAGCUUUGGAGUUUUGUCUUUUGAGAUGGGGGAUAUUUUUGCGUGCUUGCACGGAAUGGAUAGGACACCGUGUUUGUCUUAGUGGAGGCAAAAGUCAUAAGGUUCAAUAACUAAAAGAUUUUGAUUAAGUCAUAGAGAGAGAGAGAGAGAGAGAGAGAGAGAGAACACUAAACUGACAAGACACGAACAACAGUGAAUUGCCAAAUUUUCCGGACGACCUGUCCCUUCCUCAGUACCCUCGGGACGAUUGUUGUUGGUUUUAGUCCUUUAUAUAUAUAUAUAUAUAUAUAUAUAUAUAUAUAUAUGGAGAGAGAGAGAGAGAGAGAGAGAGAGAUAGAGAGGAGUUGAAUUUCGCAUUGUAGCUGCCUUCUAUAGAAAAGUGCGUGAUGAUAUUGCAAAAGAAAAAAAAAAUGAAACUAAAAGUUACUAAGUAUUAUUUAAUUUCUAAAUGAUAUAACUUUUACAUGUUAUAUAGUUACGUACAGACAUGCCCUGUUUAUUGUACAUGUAGUAAAUACAAUGAGUGUGUAAUACCCAGUGUUAACGGAUAUCCGUCCGGGACAUUUACUGUGGGUUACAAUUACAGUGUACGUAUUUUAAUUAGGUCAUAAUGUUUGGAAUAAUGAUUGCUAUCAAUGUGAACUUCAAUAAUCACUAUACUCUGUGAGUAUGGACUAAUUGAAAUGUUUCUGUUGAUUGAAUUCAACUCGUGUUGUUUCAUCAUGCAGCUAUACGUAAGCGUCACAACCACACAUUUUUAGUCUCUCAUUCCUUGUAGAAAAUCUAUCUUUUUGCACUCAGACUUAUUUUUUUCUUAAAAGAUGAUUAUAAUUUGCAUAUUUUGGAGAGACAUUGUGUUGAUAAAGGAAGACACGAUCUAUUAUUCAUGGUACUUGAAUUUCUUAUCAUUGGAUAGAAAAAUAAGAGAAGCUACUCGAUCGGUGCUCGGAUGGUGUUCAGUAAACCUUGAAAUUGAUAUAUGGUGACAGGAAAUGUAAAACUGCUCCAUCAUUUAUGAGGGUUAAAUUCCAGUUUUUCUGUUUUCUUCUGAAGUGUUACAGGGGUUACUUCUUAAUCUGUAAGUGUUAACUUUAUCUUGGUUAGGUUUUUAAAACUUUAUUUUCACAGAAUGUUGGAUAUGUAUUAGAGAUGUCUCUUUGGUGGUCUUCUCCACCUCGUCUUAGCGUUUAUUUCAGGGUGUCCACAAUAAUUUUCAGUCAUAUUUUGAGAGUACAAACAGUGAUACGAAGGCCACUUAAACAUUUCUAACCGCACUCUUCUUUUCACAUAUAAAUCCCUGGCAUCGAACUGUCGAUUUUUCUGGUGUUAUAGAACAUUUGACUUCCCGAUAAAAUCACUCACUCAGGAAAACUGAACCGAUUUCCAUGCGUUAUCAUAUUGUACUCAUCAUUUGAUAUUUCUGGGGUAAAUUCACCCUCUUUAGUUGAAUUCUAAAAGCAGUAGGAAAUCUUGUCUCGCUCAACGGGUCUGUGUAAUCUCGCUCAAAAAUCUGAUCGCUCUUUUUCAAAGGAUGUAUAAGCCAAUGCAAAUUAAGUGUUAUGGCUUUAAUCGAAGCUCGUGAAGGCCUAUUGGUAUUGAAGUGCAAAUUAUAUAUUCUUUACAUUUUUAAUGGCUUUGUUGAAAUGUUUAAUGGAGAAGGAGUAACCCAAGCAUGGUAUCGGAGUUUAUUAAAUGUUUGAUUUCUUCAGAUGAUGACAGGUUUUAUUGAAACGUUUUGGUGACUUUGAAUUGAUAGUAUGCAUAAUUUUGCUUCAUUCAAAUUGUGUAUGUCUAUUAUUACUUACGCUGUCCAUCAGUGCACCCCCCCCCCCCCCAUAUUGAAUGUUAUUUGCUAUCGCUAAUUAAUUCAAUGUUUUGAUUUUAUUGGAAUAUAUUGUUUUUAAUUAGAGUGAAUAAGUUUUUUUUUUAAAAAUUAUGGGAAUACAUGUAUACAUGUAGUUGUAAAAGAGUUCAUCAGAGAUUGGAUUGAUUGCCUUGUUUUGUUCGAUUUUUGUGUGGAUACAAUAGUGUUACUUUAUACACCCACACGGAAUUGAAAAAACAAAACAAAACACCGCAUCAACUAAACCAAAAACCAAAACAAAACUACCAACAAAAAAAAAAUGACUCCCAACCAACCAAUCGACUGAAGCACUGUGAGAAAGGUCAUCCAUAUUGCAUGCACGUAAACGUGGCAUGAUAUUUUUUCUUCUGUUGAAAAAUGGAUUACAUUAUUGACAAUAUAAUGAUAGCGUGUAUUUCUAUUUUCAUUUUUAUUCUCAAUUUUUUUGGUUAAUUUUGUAGAAAUGCAUUUGAGUAGUUGUGAGUGUUAAAUAUUUGAUUGGUUGCGUUGUAAUUUCCUUUUCAUGAUACGCUGUAAUUUAAGGUUGAUAUAUUAUUCUGUAUUGUGUAAAGCUUUAAUUUAAAAAAAAAAUUCUCAACUCCCAAACUCGUUUUGUUUUUCCAUCAAGUUUCACUUCAUUUGAGCUCAUUUUAUUAGCAUGUGUAGCGGAGUGAAAAAGUAGAAAUGGUUUGGCUUGCAGACAUUCCACAGAUAAACAGCGAAGAGAAUUUGUGUUGUUAUAAUUAGUGUAAACAGAAGUGUUACAAAUGACAGGCGUGUUCCGUGGUAGAUAAAAAAGGAUAAAUAUUGAAUAGUUUCUGGUAUAUAGAGUAGCAGUAGACGGAUUCAGUUAGACGACCACAACAGACCGUCUGAUAUUGUAUACUCUAGGAACCUGAGUUGUAGCAGAUUUGCUCAUAAUGGUGGCCUUCUCUUCUACACGUGUUAUCAGGGAUUUAAGGUAUUUAUAGAAGGAAGCAACAUGACGAGUCAGAGACCCCCCCCCCCCCCUCUCCUUUCUGAUUCUACGUGCCUGCUAAAUGAACGAAAAAAAUAUGCCGCUCCUAGAAAUCGGAUGUGUCAACCUCUCUGUCUGAAUUUUUCCAUAUAAAACCUUUUAUUACACCCUCAUAUUAUUUUCACUAUUUGAUAGACUGCAGUUUUCAACUUGCAUUAAAAAUGCAUAUUUAAAAUGGGAAUUUCGCCUAUUAUCAAUGUAAAAACAGUCUCAGUUUUAAGUUUAUGACAAAACAAAAUCCUUAUUUUAGUAAAUUAGUACGAUAGGAUUUGCUGCUGCUGUAUGUCAGUUUUUUCCCCCUGAUAAUAAUCAGAUUCCAGCUAAGGCCAUUCUUUACUCUCCGAUUUUGACUAUAGAUUACCCUGUGUACCUGAUCAAGAUGUAGGGCUACCGGCUCAUGGCGCGGGUGUGGCCGGUCGACAGUGGAUGUUUACUCCUCCCAUACACCUGAUCCCACCUCUGGGAUCCAGGAGUCCGUGUUUGCCCAACUCUCUAUAUUGUAUUCUUUAUAGAAGUUAUGAAUUUUCCCCUUUUCAUGAUCACACAUUUUCUUUUAAUUUCACUUAGGUAUUUCUAGUGUAGAUUGUGUUUAGUAAAGACCGAUAGGAUUGGGAAGUCUUUAAAGGUGUAGUGGCGGUAUAAGAAGGAGCAUGUAUUGAUCGUGAUGUGAUAAUGGACUGUAAUGACUCCGGCAUUGUGUGUUGCACCUGACAGAGAGUGUGUGUGUGUAUGUCUUCUGUGACCGCGGAUCCAUGCCGGUAGUCGAACGUAAGCGGCAGAGCGUGUGUUCUGUGCACUCUUCCCAUUCAAAGAAUGAUAUCACGAGGACUCCUGACUCUAUAACAUCUCCUAAAAUGUCUUUGUGCUGUUAAAUAGACCCGCUACCUGGGAGGAUAUUUUAGAGUUGGGAUAUAAUGAUUUAUAGGUUGUGAUUGUUUAGGACUUGUACACGACUGAGGUAAGAGACAAUUCGUGUUAAAAUAUUGAUCAUCCAUUUUCGGUCAUAUUGUAAUCAUUUCUUAAAAUCUUGUAGUUUCGAUUUCGGCUCUGUAUCUAUACAAGCAAUGCGCUUUGCCUAUAUGAUUAUCUGCUUAUGCGAUAGAGGGGGAAAUCUCCGUUAAUUUAUUGAGUUUUUAUUUCUUUCAUUCACCAAAUCUCGCGUCCAGUCAACAAUUUGAGAAUCUUUGUCAGGCCUACCGCGUGGUCUUCUAGUGGAAAGUUUUUAUUAUUAUUAUAAAAGGCCAUGGUUUUCUUUUUCUGGAGACAGUGUUGUGUUUGAAGUUAUGUGUGUGACAAAAAGAUGUUCCACUUGAGUUAGAAUUAAAUAUGCAGUGCAGAGAGAGAGAGAGAGAGAGAGAGAGAGAGAGAGCUGUCCACGAAGGUUAAUUAUUUUAAUAUAUUGCAGAAAGAUUAUUCGUAUGUGUCACUGCCUUGAAAGUACUCUAGCAAUGAUUAGUUUCUUAAAGAUAUUGAUACUUGUCAACCUAAUUAUUAAGAAAAAGUUGAUGUCUCCUUUGUACCAGUGGAAUGGAAUGAACGCUAAACAGACACUUCGUUAUGAGAGUGUUAUGCAAUGACUUGGUUUUUUUACAUUCUGUGUAAGAUUUUCAUUAAUUUUCAACAAUGAUCAGAGAAGAAUGUAUGCAUGUAGUUUUCAAUGUUCAAGGCUUGAUGGUUAGUUCUCGAUGCGAUUGUGUGUACUCGUAUAAUUUCGAGGCUUUUGAAAUCGUGGAUGACUUUUGGGGUAUGUUCUGAACAAGGUUUCAUGAAUAGCUGUCAUUUCUUUGUAUGUAUUCAGAACUGAAGGAUCUUAUUUCUGCCUUGAGACUUGACAUAAGCUGAAUUCAUUAUGUUGUCAGUGAUGGAAGCAUUUUCACCGCAGCAUUGAUUUAAAGCAUAAAUCAUCGAUUCUUUCAUAUAUGUACAAACGCAUGUCCUUUAGUAUGGAUAAAGGAGAAAUGUUUGUAUCAAAUAAAUCGUUCUUUGCUGUUAUUUGUAAUUCUACUGCACGGGAUAUUUUUAAAUGAUCCUGUGUUGUAUUUUUUUCCGGACAGGUGCGACGUAUUUUUAUAAAACUACUAUGAGACUUAAACAUGUAAUCAUAUGUAUUGUACCAUUUCAUUGGGGGGGGGGGGGGUUAAUUAUUAUCAUUUUAAAAGCAAUUUUACCAGAUUUGGGUGUAAUAUUAUAAUAAUGUGGACUAAAUAAUAUGGUACCUUUUACUAAAUGCAUCCUGUACUCUUAUAUAUGACUUCUCUUUUGCGCACUGAAACCCCAGUGUUUAUUUACGCACAGUCGGUAUGGAGAAAAACGUGUCUAUAAAAAUUCCUGUCUGUCACAAGGACCCGCAGUCGAGGAAGACCGCUAUUUUUCAUUAAUAUUAUGAACAUCGCUUUUAAGUGCAAUGAAAUAUUGCUGAAAACUUAAUAUAGACAACAGACUGCAGUGGGUUUUUUCUCCCAGUACUGGGUAAUAUUGCGAUGUACACGAAAGUUUCCUAUUGUUGUGUUUGGAGUCUGGAUACCUUGCUGUUGACGUCUAUAGGAGUUCCUGGACUUUCGUAAGGUUAAAUGGGGCUUGCCUCGGCUGUUACUGCCCCACGAUAAAAUCCUGAUACAUCGCGGAUUAUCCCAUGCGUUGUCCUGUUAAUCUCUGUGUGGCUAUUGAUUUCCUGCAAUAAGAUCGAGAAAGGACGAACAUACCUUCCACAAAAUCUGGUAUUUAAAACUCGAUAGUUGUUAGUGAAAUUUUUUGAGUUAAGUGUUCCUUUCUUUCUGUGUGUCACUCUUCAUAGCCGUAAAUAAUCAGAUCCUGUCAUUUCUUCAACAAGUGGACGUCAAGUUUGAAAAUAUUUACUUGGCUGUGUUUAUUGAUAAGCUUGUGGCCCCCAGCUUUUACGUUAAGGGUUUUUAAAAACACUCGUACACCCUUUGACGACAAGAAGGUCAACGAAAGGUGCAUUGUCCAAAGACGUCGGAAAUAAUAAACCUGGUGUUUUUUCCUUGAGCUCACAUAGAUAUUCACACACGACAUAAUACAAAGGUGGAGAUCAUUUCUAUUACACUGUGAAAUCCUUUGGUGCCAGACAUACAAUACCCGGAUUUAAAUAUGUCAUACUCUGAUGGAGGGGGAAAUUGGAUUAUAAGAUUAUGGCCACUAGCUGUCAAAUGGUGAGCCCAUUUUGGAGACUGGCCAAUCAGUGACGUGCUUUGGAUUAUUAUAUUAUCAGUCUAUGAAGCGUCUGUGUUCAACUGGCAAUAUUAGCUGCAUGUGUGCUCCUUUGUGAAAUGUUGUAACUCUCUCAAUUUCAUAGACAAAAAAACUCAUAAUAACGUACGAUUAUACACAAGUAUAAAACUAUGUCUGAAAAUAGUGAUACAUCCAGCGAGGAGAGCUUAGCUCCAAAGCAGAAUGGAAAAGAUGAUGACAUUUGCCGCGAUUACCUGCGAAAUGUUUGUAAGCGGGGCAAGCGAUGCAAAUACCGACAUCCAAAUACUGACGAAGCGCGAGAUCUAGGUAGACAACAAAUAACAUUUUGUCAUGAUUUUCAAAACACAGGGUGCAGGAGGGGAAACUGUAAAUUCUUGCAUUGUACACGUGAAGAGGAAGAGCAUUACAAGCAGACUGGGCAACUUCCGGUGCGGCUUCAACAGGCCGCCGCUUUAGGACUCGGUGUAACUCCUAAUGUGGAUGUUCCGUUUUUACGGGGAGAAAUCCCAAUCUGCAAAGACUAUUUAAAAGGCAAUUGUAAACGGGGUGCUAAAUGUAAAUUCCGACACGUAACGGGAGGAGAAUACGAUUUUGAACUGCGGAAAUCCGAUCACAGAAAUAAUAACAAUAAUCAAAUGUACGACCCGUAUGAAGAUGACUUCAAUACUUUUGAAGCAUUUGAGUAUGGGCACACCCCGGGUGGAGUGAAGCGAAGGAGAUCGGAACGUGAGUUUGAUGGGUUCGGGGGAUUUGAAGGCAGGUAUUCGUCAAGCCGUCCAUUUAGUUACCAGCUCCUGGAAGAAGAAAAUUUAAUGUUAAGACGGAAAGUGGAAGAACUUAAAAAACAGGUGGCGGAUCUUACUGCCACAAACGAAGUGCUCCUGGAACAAAACGCGAGGUACCGCGUCAGUCGGACCACUGCUGUACAGUCCCUAAAUCCGGCGGGCGUACCGGUGAGCCAGCAACUAACCGCUGGCAUCGGUGCAACCGCUUCACCGGCGCAACCUCUUAAUCAGCUAGCUGUUAGCAGCCUCGCACAGCAAAUUGCGCUUAAUAGUGAACUGGCAUCCCAGCAUGCUUUGCAGCAGCAUCUGGCGAGAGAACUAGGUCAGCAAAACGCUGGGGGGUUGGCAGGGGCAACCCUUAACCCUUCCGUGACAAUAAACCCAGGAAAUAUAGUUCCGGUCUCUCUUCCACAGAAUGUUUCCUUGACUUCGGGUUCUAUGCAACAGACACUUCAACCCGCUGUCUCCAUGACGCAGAGUAUACCCCAGAAUUUACAGGGCCCCCCUUCAGCCCCUCUGGUGUCGUAUCCCAUCGUGUCCCAAAACAUGAGAGCAGCACCCAGCAGUCUUGCCCACUAACAUACGGAAAAAAUGAGUGGUGGAAUGAGGGAAAUCACUGAGUCCAGAGAACGCUUGUCUCCAACGAGGUGAAUGAAGGAAAAGGGAAUCAAAUCUCUUACACGCUUGUGAAAUCAAAAUGAGAAUAUAUGAUUGAGACGGAUAGGUGCAAAGACGUAAGAUUAUUGUGUGAAUUAGUGAAUUUUAUUUCGUUCAACUGAUCUCCACAUUCAUUGAUGAAUGAGCCAACUCACAGCCCAUUUCAUUUAUUAGAGGGAAUAUAGCGCUUUUCAUCGGGUUUAGUUGCUGCUGUUUAUCAAGUUUUACAGCCUGCAUAAAGAGUUAAGGUUCACGAGGUUUUGAUAUUUGUGCGGUGUUUAAGGAGGUACUCUACAUCGUCAUAAUGGCUGACUUCCUUUUAAAACAUGGAUGAAAAUAUUAUAUCAGCAAUAUUUGUCUAUUCGCUUAAAAUAUCAUCGACUAGCUGAGUAGCUCAGAAAGUUAGCACCUCGACUACUGAACUGUAAAUCGCAAGUUCGAGUCCAGCAGGGGUUUUAAUUUUUUUUUCAGAAUGCUUUCUACUAAAACUGCAUAUUUUUUUUUACUAAAUAAAGUAAAUUUGAAAGUUUUCAAUUUCAAAACGUUGUACAUAUAUCCUCCACUUUUCAUCCAUAUCAAAUUUCUCUGGUGUAGCAUACCUCCUUAAGCCACCUUUGAAUGAUGCUGUACAUUAAUUGCCAUGUUCUUGUAAAUGUCAUGAGUUAUGAUACUGGUUUUCGUAUUUUCCUUUGAGACCUACUGAUUUGACCCAUGGAAGUUAAGAAGGUAUUUGAUUAUUUUUGGGCCAGAAUAUGUAAGGACAUUCCAUGAGUAACUAACUCCCUUUGACAAUUUUUAUAAAAAUGCCCAUAAUCUGAUAUAUCAAUGGAGCGUUAAUUGAAAUUCAGGGGAAAAAGUAAAUAAAGGUAAUAUGUAUUGUAUAUUGAAAGAGAAAUUAAAACUUCUUGAGAGUACUUCUAGUUGUAUUGGUUUUAAUGGGUAUCUUUUUAAUUUAUUUUUUUAAAGGGAAACAACAUUUAUUUUUGGUUUUAGAACGCAAGCUUGGUUAGAAGGGCAGCACUAUGGCAUUUUGAUUCCGAUGUGCUUUUCUAUAAUUAAACUGGGUUAUUUAUUUCCGGUUUCAGCAAUUCAGUAAUUAAUUUUUGAACUCUUAGAUGACCAGACUGUCCGAAAUGUAAUGCAAAGCAGGCAUACUCAGACAAAAGAGUGAUAUAGGAAUAAAGUGAUGUAUUACAAAAAAACAUGCAAGUUCUGUUGUCUCAGUGGAAAUCAAUGACGUAUUCAUUGGGACUAUCGUGACGUCAUGAAAGAUAUGUUAGUGAUGGUAUGUUUUUCAUUUAAUUUCAUUGUUCAAGAUAUUUAUUUUUGAGUUGUAAUAAAAACUUUUGAAAUAAUUAAAAUUGGGAAAAGAGCUACA